AAAAUUUGUGUGUGUGUGUGUAUAUAGGAAGGAAAAAAGUGUGUAUAAACUGUACAUAUAUAGAGAGAGAAAGCUUUUCACUUCGAGUACUUUUACAGUUUAUCACACAACACGGUACUUGACGGAGAAAAUGCAGAUGACCCAUCACGGAUGAAGAGAGAACGGAGUUGGAGAGUUCAAUUUGUGAGUGAAAGAUGGACUGAAAGUGAAAAUCUUAGCAGCUGGAUGGUUUUCAUGACAACAGCUGCUAACCAAGAUUCUGCAAACUAGAUUUUCAUCUUCAUUUAUCAAGAAGACUGCUGUAUCAUUUUUUCAAACUUGAUGAGGUUUUUUUUGAAUAUUAGCUUAGAGGCCAUUCCGGUGGAAUUGUAUUUUCUUUUUAUCUUCUGAUUGGUGCCUGACUGGGCAGGUUCAAGAAACCUGUCAUAAUUCGGCUGAAUUUUGAAUUCUUAUACUGGCCUGGAUCAGUUAUCUGGAUUAUAAGGGACAAGCUUUCCCCAAGUCAAAGGCAUUUGCAUUUUUGUUAUUUGCUGGAGUUAUGGGAACUUUGUUACACUCCGAAUCCAGGCGCUUGUAUUCUUGGUGGUGGGACAGCCACAUCAGCCCAAAGAAUUCAAAAUGGCUCAAAGAAAACCUUACUGAUAUUGAUGCCAAAGUGAAAUCCAUGAUCAAGCUCAUUGAAGAAGAUGCUGAUUCAUUUGCAAGAAGGGCUGAAAUGUACUAUAAAAAAAGGCCCGAGUUGAUGAAAUUGGUGGAGGAGUUCUACCGGGCUUACCGUGCAUUAGCUGAAAGAUAUGAUCAUGCAACUGGAGAACUCCGACAUGCCCAUCGAACCAUAGCCGAGGCAUUUCCGGAUCAAUUAUCUCAUGAAGUGGUUGAAGAUUCACCUUCAAAAUCUGUGGGACAAGAUAUGGAGCCCCAUACACCAGAAAUUAAACGUUCACUGCGUGCAUUAGUUGAUCUACAUGGCGUGGAUGUACCUCAUAUGGGAGAAAUUGAAGGGGGGAUUAGUAAUAUAGGUUUGAGACAAUUCCAUGAGAUUUUCUCGGGGAAAGAAACUGACACAAAAAAUCGAAGGUAUGCUGAAGGAAGAGUAAAGAGAGGUUUGAAUGUGGAAAAAGAAAGAAAAGAAGGCAUUAACGAUGAAGUGCUCCACUUGUCAAAUGAAAAUCAGAAUCUCAAAGAGAAGGUUCUUUCUGAGUCCACUAGAGCUGGAAAAGCGGAAAAUGAAGUUCAAGGACUGAAGAAAGCGCUUGCUGAUAUGCAAGGUGAAAUGGAAGAUGUCUUUCUUAAGUAUCGAAGGUGUCUAGAAAAACUAUCUAGUCUUGAGGGAGAGCUUGAUUAUGCAAAAAAUAAUUCUAUGCAGCUCGAUAAAAGAGCAAGUAUGGCCGAAAUUGAAGUUCAAACAUUGAAGGAAGCCCUUAUGCAGUUAGAGGCUGAAAGGGACACUGCUUUAGUCGAACAAAAGGAGUACUUGAAGAAGAUAUCUAAUCUGGAGGCUAUGGCUUUACAAACCCAAGAAGAUAUGAGGGAACGAGCAAUUAAAGCUGAAAAUGAAGCUCAAACUCUAAAAAAUGAAAUUUCAGCGUUGAAGUUUGAAAAAGAAACUGCAUAUCAUCAGUACGAACGGUGUCUUGGAAAAAUAUCAGAUUUGGAGAGCACAAUUGCUAAGGCUGAGGAGGAAGCCCAAUCCCUUAAGAAACAAGCAGAAAGAGCUGAAGCUGAAGUCACUGAACUGAGAAAAGGUCUUGCUAAGCUAAAGGAGGAGAAAGAAGCUAUUGCCUUCUUGUACAAGUGCUGCCUGGAGACCGUAUCAAAGCUUGAGCGUGAUAUAAGUCUUGCCAAAGAGGAAUGCAAUCGCCUUAAGAGUGAAGUUCUUAAUGGAACAGAAAAGCUCAAGAAUGCAGAAGAGAAGUGUUUUCUGUUGGAAUCGUCGAAUCAGUCACUAUGUUUUGAGGCAAAAAAUUUGGCAGAGAUGAUUGCAAUGAAAGAUCAAGAACUUUCUGAGAAGGAGGAGGAGUUGGAGAAACUUCAGGCUCGACUUCUAGACGAGCACUUACGUUAUGCCCAAAUUGAAGCCACUCUCCAGACUCUACAAAGUUUGCACUCACAAUCACAAGAAGACCAGAAGGCUCUGGCACUGGAGCUCAAGAAUGGUUUACAAAUGCUGAAGGACUUGGAAAUAUGCAAACAUGGCUUGGAAGAAGAAAUUAGGCAGGUUAAGGAUGAAAAUCAUAGCUUGAGUCAAAUGAAAUUAUCUUCAACUGUUUCAAUGGAGAAUAUGCAAACUGAAAUCCUUAACUUAAGGGAGAUGAAGGAGAGGCUUGAACAAGAGGUUUCCCACCAAAUGACGAAAAGUAAUUCGCUUCUGCAGGAAACUUUGUGUUUGAAAGAGGAAGUGAAAGGCUUAAACAGUACAUACCAGGCUUUAGUCGAGCAAGUGGAAGCAGCAGGGCUGAACCAAAACUGUAUUGGAACUUCAAUAAAGAGCUUUCAGGAUGAAAACUCUAGGCUGAGACAACUGCGUGAGCAGGAAAGCAAUGAGAAAGAAGCAUUGUUGAAGAAGUUGGAAAACAUGGAAGAACUUUUGAAGAAAAAGGCUGCUGCUGAGAGCUCCCUGUCAGACACAAAUGGUGAGCUUGAAAGAUCCCGUGAAAAGGUGAAGUCAUUGCAAGAAUCUUGCCAAUUUCUCCAUGGAGAGAAGUCUGCCCUAGUUGCUGAGAAAGCUUCUAUUCUUUCUCAGAUGAAUGCUGUUACUGAGAACACGCAUAAGCUAUUGGAGAAAAAUGCUGUUUUGGAGAACUCUCUGUCGACUGCAAAGGUUGAACUUGAAGGUUUGAGGGAAAAGUCAAAGGGCUUAGAAGAGAUUUGUCAAUUGCUUAAG